AGCUUCUCAAAGACCUGUGCAGCUCGUGUGUUGGCUGUAGCAGCAUCGAUCCCUGUGUACCAGCACCUCGUGUUACAUAAGAAAACUUCCCACUCCUUAUAACAGCAAUAAGUGUCCUCAGAGGGAUGCCUGGAACUUCCUGAAGAUCAAAAAGCAAGGAGGAACAGAGACCCAAAGAAACCUACUCCCCCCCAGCAGACAAUAUUGUGUUUCUGCAGAGCUUGAGAUACUUUUGAAGCCCCCCGUGGCUCUAGCACGUGGGUCCCUGAGAUGUCACUGAGAGCUGAAGGCCAUGCAGCUACAUCGAGGCUAAAGAAAAUUGCUGCAGACAUGAGCAACAUCAUUGAGAGCCUGGACACCAGGGAGCUCCACUUUGAUGGGGAGGAGGUGGACACAGAGGUGCUGAAUGACCCAAAAGGUGCCGCAUGCUUUCCCUUCUCUGCCAUCUAUCACACGUGUGGCUUCAAGGAGCCAGGGACACAGACGUACCUCACAGGAUGUCCUGUCCGAGUCCGGGUCCUGGAAGUGGAACGCUUUACUUCCACCAAGAAGGUACCAAGCCCCAAUGUCUACACAAUCGAGCUGACCCAUGGAGAGUUCACCUGGCAGGUGAAAAGGAAGUUCAAGCACUUCCAAGAGUUUCACAGGGAGCUGCUGAGGUACAAAGCCUUUGUACGCAUCCCUAUCCCAACCAGGAGCCACACAGUCAGAAGACAAUCCAUCAAGAGGGGGGAACCAAGGCAGAUGCCCAGCCUGCCACACACCUCCGAGAGCACAGUCCGGGAGGAGCAUUUCUCCAGCAGGAGGAAACAGCUGGAAGACUACUUGACAAAAAUCCUGAAAAUGCCAAUGUACAGGAACUACCAUGGAACUAUGGAGUUCAUUGGAGUAAGUCAGCUGUCAUUCAUCCAUGACCUGGGACCAAAGGGCAUAGAGGGCUUUAUCAUGAAGCGCUCCGGGGGCCACCGCAUCCCUGGCCUGAACUGCUGUGGCCAGGGGAGGAUGUGCUACAGAUGGUCCAAAAGGUGGCUGCUGGUGAAGGACUCGUUCCUGAUGUACAUGAAGCCAGACUCAGGGGCCAUCUCCUUUGUCCUGCUGGUAGAUAAGGAAUUCAACAUUAAGAUAGGCCAGAAAGAGACAGAAACUAAAUAUGGGUUGCAGAUUGACAAUCUUUCUAGAUCUCUGAUUUUGAAGUGUAACAGCUACAGACAUGCCCAGUGGUGGAGGCAGGGCAUAGAUGAGUUCAUACGGAAGCAUGGGAAGGAUUUCCUCACGGAGCAUCGCUUCGGCUCCUACGCGGCUGUGCAGGAGAACACCCUGGCCAAGUGGUAUGUGAAUGCUAAGUGCUACUUUGAAGAUGUUGCCAAUGCCAUGGAAGCUGCUAAGGAAGAAAUUUUCAUCACAGAUUGGUGGCUGAGCCCUGAAAUCUUCAUGAAAAGACCAGUUGUGGAAGGGAAUCACUGGCGGCUGGACUACAUCCUCAAGAGGAAAGCGCAACAAGGAGUGAGGAUUUUUGUUAUGCUGUACAAGGAGGUGGAGCUUGCCCUAGGGAUCAACAGUGAAUACAGCAAGAGGACCCUCAUGCACCUCCAUCCAAACAUUAAGGUGAUGAGACACCCAGACCAUGUUUCAUCCUCUGUGUACCUCUGGGCCCACCACGAGAAGCUUGUCAUUGUUGACCAGUCUGUGGCAUUUGUGGGUGGCAUCGACCUGGCAUAUGGCAGGUGGGAUGAUGACGAGCAUCGCCUGACCGACGUGGGCAGCGUCAAGAGGAUGGUAGCACUGAAGUCUGUGUCGACCACCAACCUGGCAUCCGCAGCGGAGCCAUCUGAGCACGUUCCCCUGCAGUCUCAAGCUCCAUCUCAAGAAAGUCCCUUGUUCCCAAGAAAUGCUGAUGAUGCCCCAGACAUAUCAAAGAUGAAAGGAGUAGGAAAACCCAAAAAGUUUUCAAGGUUCAGUAUUUACAAGCAUCUCCAUAAACACGGCAUGCACCAUGCUGACAGCGUCAGCAGCAUAGACAGUGAUUCAAGUUACUGUAACCCCCCUAGAAGUCAACCAAAUAUAAUCCAGAGUUUAAAGCCCCAUCUGAAAAUGUUUCAUCAUCACACUGAAUCCAAACAGGGGCUCGCUGAGCCUCGGGAGGAUAAAGGAUCCAUCCGUAGCCUGAAGACAGGUGUUGGUGAGCUGCUUGGGGAAACCAGGUUCUGGCAUGGAAAAGAUUAUUGCAACUUUGUCUUCAAAGACUGGGUUCAACUUGACAAACCCUUUGCUGACUUCAUUGACAGAUACAGCACUCCAAGGAUGCCCUGGCAUGACAUCUCCUCCGUGGUGCAUGGCAAAGCAGCUCGUGAUGUCGCUCGACACUUCAUCCAGAGAUGGAACUUCACCAAGAUUAUGAAGCCCAAAUACCGGUCCCUGUCCUACCCAUUCCUGUUGCCAAAAUCUCAGCAAACUGCAAAUGAGCUGAAAUAUCAGGUGCCAGAGGCUGUUCAUGCCACAGUCCAGGUGCUUCGUUCUGCUGCUGACUGGUCAGCUGGCAUCAAAUACCACGAGGAGUCCAUCCACAAUGCCUAUGUCAGUGUGAUAGAAAACAGCAAACACUACAUUUACAUAGAGAACCAGUUUUUUAUUAGCUGUGCUGAUGACAAAGUUGUCUGGAACAAGAUCGGCGAUGCAAUUGCUCAGAGGAUUCUAAAAGCUCACAGGGAAAACAAACGUUUCCGAGUGUACGUGGUGAUCCCACUGCUGCCUGGCUUUGAAGGAGACAUUUCAACUGGGGGAGGGAAUGCUCUCCAGGCCAUCAUGCACUUCAACUACAGGACCAUGUGUCGAGGAGAAAACUCAAUCCUGAGCCAGCUGAAGCCAGAGGUUGGAGAUAAGUGGAUCAACUACAUCUCCUUCUGUGGACUUCGAACAUAUGCAGAGCUGGAAGGAAAACUUGUCACAGAGCUCAUCUAUGUUCACAGCAAACUGCUGAUUGCUGAUGACAACACAGUCAUCAUUGGUUCUGCCAACAUCAACGACCGGAGCAUGCUGGGGAAGAGGGACAGUGAGAUGGCCAUCAUUGUGCAGGACACUGAGACUGUCCCCUCCGUGAUGGAUGGGGAGGAUUACAAUGCUGGGAAGUUUGCUCAGUCCCUCCGGCUCCGGUGCUUCAGGGUUGUCCUUGGUGGCUCUGACCUCAACCCAGAGCACCAGGAUCCUGUCUGUGACAAAUUCUUCAAGGAGGUGUGGAUUUCUACAGCAGCUCGCAACGCCACCAUCUUUGAUAAGGUUUUUCGCUGCCUUCCCAGUGACCAGGUGAAUAAUUUAACCCAACUCCGUGAUUUCAUCAACAAGCCCAAGUUAGCCACUGAUGAUCCUGCAAGAGCAGCAGAAGAAUUAAAAAAGAUUCGUGGGUUUUUAGUACAAUUCCCCUUUCGUUUUCUGGAGGAGGAGUAUUUGCUUCCCUCUGUUGGAACAAAGGAGUCCAUGGUACCCAUGGAGGUUUGGACUUAAGAAGAUACAGACUGCUUUGCCUUUUAAAACUCUGGUUCUCUAGGGACAAAUUGAUGGACAAUAGAGGAUUUUUGGAAAGCUUUUUAUUACUAAGGGAGGUGGAAAGUAUCUCUACCAAGCUAAUGUGCCUUUCUUAAGGAUUUUGGUGGAGGAACGUGAAGCAACUCAACACUAGCAAAGGAGAGGAGCAGAAAGACUUGGAAAUCGUGGCAAAAUUACAAGUUUCUCCUCUGAGGAGUGACCACUCGAGAUGUUCUCAGCACCUAAGGGAUGCAGCCCACUUCCUAGGAUAACAAACAAAUCCCAGUUGAUGUUGUCACUGCUGCCAGCUGUAUAUUGUGGCUGCCUACGUCGUGUGAUCGUGCUGUGGCUGCACAGGACUCAUGGGCUGGGUGUGCUUCUCAGGUUUUCAGAUAUCUGUGUCCUGGCUGGCUGGAAUUCCCCCCCCCCUCUCCUCUGGACACCAUCAGAGCACAUCAUGCAGCUCUGACACUGCUGGGAAGUGCUGCUUGGUACUGCCUUGGAGCUUCCCACCAUCCCAGCUUGACUACUUAAAGGGAACAGCAGUAACAAUCUUCUACCAGAAUCAGCAUUUUGGGGUUUUUUUUUCUAUCUUUUGUUUCUACCAGAGCUAGAGCAAUCAGCAGUCCUCAUGCAUAGCAUGGUACAGCCACAUCCAAAAAGCAGACCAUCCUUCCCAGCCCUUCCCCUCCCUAUUUAAAAGAAGGGAAAGGCCAUUCAGCUGGAGCUUGAAGCCACUCUCAAACUGAGCUGAUGGAGGUGGGCUGAGUGCAAGGAGGAAAGAGGAGCAAGACCUCUGCUUUGCUAUUAGACCAGCCACAAUCUUGAGCUCAGUCAUUCUCAAGCACAAGUAACCCACAGCAUGCCCUGUCCUGGUUUCCAUUUUUAUAAGACAGUUUCCAAAGUUAUUUUGCAUCUCACUGUGCAGCAAAGCAGCAGCUCAAUUCAGCAUCCCUGGGCAAAACACCUCCUGGGGCAGGAUCUCAUGUGGUGGGUGUCCUCCUGGGUCUUACCUUGAUCCUCCAUCCCACAAGGAGCUGUGUCUCCCAGUUCCAUGUCCAGCUGCAGUGCUGGGAGAGGUGGUCCUGGGGGAAACAGUGAAGUGUGGAAUACUGAGAGAAAUGCCCAAGGAGAGGCAGAGCUGGAGAAGUGGGAGGCUGAGCUCCUCUGCUGCCAGUGCAUCUGGGGAAUCCCUUUGCCAGCUGGGUUUAACCCUCUGCCCAACUCAGUCAAAAGACAUGGGGAACAGGUAUUUACUUUAGCUCACAAGCCAGUCCUUUGUUUGUUUGGUUUUUUUUUUCUUUUUUUUUCUUCUGUUUUUGGCUCUUCCAACAGUCUCACUUGUUUUUACUUGGAAAAGAGUCACACUGGCUGCCUGGCUGUCCCAAGCUGGCACCACAUUUUAGCUGACUGCCCUCUAUGUCUUUAGGCCCAUCAAUAGGCACCAGGUAAUUCUCUUCCUGCUGCAUUGCCCAAGGAAGUAGCAGCCCCAGACAUUCCUGCAGAGCACACCAAGUCUCAGUCCCUGCCUGCAGUUCCCACUGCUUGAUGCUCAUGUUUUCAGAUGCCAGUUGCACUGGUUGGUGGCUCUGUGGCCUGGUUAGCCUCUUGGAAGGGCCAUUGUGGCAAUGUUCAGUCCAAAGGUUUGAUAUUUUUAGCUGGUGUGCUGGAAGGUGACAAACGUGUUCCCUUGAUUAUAUAUAUUUUUUUUUAUUAUUAUUAUUUUUUUAUCUCUUAAAAAAAUUUGACCUUGGGUCACCCCCUGCAGAGCCAGGGCAAUGUGUGUCCUGACCACAAGAAAGAUCAAAGCUUCCUGGUUAUUUCAUGGCAGUGCUAGUUCAGAGAUUUUCUCUCCUGAUAUGUUUUUAGCUGGUUUAGUUUCAACAAAGCUGCUAACUUGAAAUGAUUACAGCCUGUCAGAGAAUCACUGUAAGUCAUGCAGAUCUCUGUUCAUGGUUGAAAAGGAAGCAUCCAGCCCUUCAACCUGCACACAUGAAAAGUGCAAGGCUCCUGUCACCUUCCAAGUGCUUUUAUUGUCCCCAUCCUCAUGUUAGCAAAGAUUCUUGUCAUUGUUAAAUUAGCCUUAUCGUGUCUUUUCAGGCAGUGGGUGGCUAAUUUUGGGGCUUCUUAGUAAUGUUCAGAAGCAAGGCAAGGUUGAAAGGCAGCCUCAGCAUGGUGCAGAGAGCCCCAGGGGCUCGUGGGGCCACCAAAGCCCCGAGAUGUGGUUUAUUUCUUAUAUUAAGAAGCCUGUGUGGUUGAACAGCUUGAGAGAGUUAAUUGCUGCACCUAAACAAUCACUACUCUUUAGUCCAUAAUACCAGCGUGGGUUUUAUUUUUUUUAUACCUUCAAACUGGAGAGGAUUUGCUUACAGAUAUCCAGUGAUGUGGAUUCAAGCAUGAGCAAACCCAGAAACAUGAAGUGUUUGUUUUGGCAUUUAUUUGUUAGAACUAGUUUGACCUGAGUAGAAGACUUUUUUUUUUUUUUCUGCCUUUAAUUUAUUCCUUACCACAUGCCACUUUGAGAACUUGUAUUCCUUACCAUGUCUUUUUUAAUAGUCUGAUAUUUUAAAGUAUGUGUUUUGUCAUAUAGGUGUUGAUGUUUCAGUCUAAAGUUGGUGCAUGGUUUUAAAAAUGAGGACUAAGUUGUCAUCCUAUGUAAGGACUUUGCUAAAAACCAUUUGUAGGAGAACUACUCCAGUGUUCCACAGGAGAUGUAAAGUGCUCAGCUCAGUUUCUGGUCUCUUGGUCUCAGUUUGUCACCUGACUUGAUGUGACCCUUGCUGGAUUAAAUCCCCAACACUCCAUUUUCCCUUCUUUUGAUCAGGUUUGACAACACGAUUUCACAAUCCUGGUGCUGUGCCCAGGGUGGAUCCCAGUGUAGGUUUUGCCUAGCUGGGACCCUGGCAUCAAUUUACAAUAUCUUUAUUCCUUCCAAGGAGACAUCCAUGUACAAUCCAACAUGGUUUGCUGGUUUUAUUUCAGUGUAAGAAAUGAGUCUUUUGUGCACUUGUAGUUGGGACAGUCAGGGAGGGGGGGUCGAAGGGGGAAAGUGUCAUCUGUGCACAGCAGCUGCGUUUGUGAGGACAUUGAAAAUAAAAGUCUGAAUGGUCCUUGAGGUUGUUAGUGCCACUUCCUUCUCCUGCUGAAUGUAAAGACCCAAAUCCCACCCUGGUCUAAACUGACACAUCUCAAUCAGAGGUGCUGCUCUGGUUUUCUGGCAGAAGGGACUUGGUCCAUAGGAUGGAGAGAUGGCCAAGGUGAAGCAAGCAAGUGGUCUCCAGAGCAGGUAUUUGGGUGGUCCAGAAGCUGUGAAUAUGCUUUCACAUUUUUGUGGCACUCAUUUUGCAGACUGUUUCAAACCAGCAAUCCUGUCUGCAGGGCUGAGAUCCUGCUGAAAGCUGGAGCUUUGCAAGAACCAAGGUUUAAACCUAGAGAGUGACACCAUGGCAAUGAUUUAAUUUAAUGUGCAAAACAAAGGUGUAUUAAAGUGGAGCAGCCCCACACUCUGUAUGUUGACCACUGAAUGCAAUGAUCCUCUGGGGGUUUCUCUUUUUUAAUUUUUUUUUAUUUCCCUGCCUGCUUUCUUGUUGUAUUUUUCCAGGAUUUGUGAUUAUUCCAUUUUUAACCUCCCAGUGUGGUUUUGUAGAAUCUCCUCCGUGUAAAUAAUUCCAAUUUACCUCUUUCCUGAUGCUGGGGAAAUUAGAAAGUGUCAAAAGUCACAGUUCUAGGAAUGUUUGGGUUUUUUUUUGGUAUUGUUUUGUGUGGUUUUUUUAGUGUCUAGUUAACUGGUAACAAAAGGAGAGCUUCCACUUUGGGUCUGAGUGCAGGUGUCCGUGCAUCUCUACCUUCUGGAGGUGCAGUUGUGAACACUGAAUAUCCCUUCUGUGAAGGCUGCUGGAAUUCAGUUUUGUAUCUCUGUUUCUGCUAUUGAUCACUUUGCUUUCCACUACGUUUGUACCUGGUAAAUGACUGUGUAUUAAUGGACUGAAAAUACAACUGAGCAUCAUGU